AGAAAAAGAACGAUCAACUUUCUAUAAAUAAUCAAAUUUACACUGCCCUAUCUUUUGCAUAUGAUAAACAACAUAAUAAUACAUUGUUGAAGAAAAGCCAUGAGUAGAGGUGGAAGUUAUGGCGGAGGGCAAAGCUCGUUGGGUUACUUGUUUGGGUCGAAAGAAGGGCAACCGGAAAACAACCCUCCUCCCUCUCCGUCAAAGAUCGUGAAUCCGCCUUAUGGUACCGACAUACAAGGAGAGAAGCCGUCUUCACAAAAGCUAGAUAACAACAAUUAUCAUAGAGCUCAAGGCCAAAACUCAGGAAACUUCAUCACUGAUCGGCCAUCGACCAAAGUGAAAUCUGUGCCAGGAGGAAGCUCAUCGCUUGGAUACUUGUUUGGAGAUAACUCAGAUAAGUGAUAUAUAUAUUACCCGGCCUGUAGAUCUAAAUAUAAAUAAGGGGGUUUUCGCUUGUAAGUCAUUUGUGUGCAAUUGUGCAAAGAUCGAGUAUUGUCUUUUAUUUUUAUUUAUUUAUGUUUAUUAAAAUUCAAUUUGGUGGCUUCUCAUUUGUGGAUCUACAUGCAACUGUAUUUAAUUAAGCGGCUGAUUCUAGUUAGGGUUUUACUGUGUGCAAUAAUUUGUAACUUUUCCAUUAUUGCGAAAGAUAUUUCUUAAUUAUAUAUGUGUAUGAGCUUUGUGUG